AUGAAUGUUCCGCCCGCAUCAGAGCUUCUGGGGAAGCCAGAAGAGCUCAGUUCAGCAGAAUUACAGUAUCUUCAGCGGCCAGCAAGCUACAACGAAGUCCUCCUGGACAUAGCAGAGCUGAAACGACGUUUGAAGUUUCACCCUUCGUCUCCAUCAACAACAUUCGCCGCCAAGUCGAGCAUCAUUGACGCCGGAACCAUCAGCAAACUGCCUGCAGAAGGCCUCAUCGCUAUCUUACGCCACACUACAAUCUCCAAUCUUUUCACACUACGCAGUAUCAAUUCUACUAUCAAAUCGGUCAUUGAUCACUGGGAGCCAUUCAAAUUGAUCACAACUUAUGGAGAUACUACAGUCAAAGCUCUUCUGGUUACAGGUGCAGGUCACUUGUGGACAGCACCACAGCUUGUCAGUGUUCUGUUCACCACGAAAUGUGAGUUUUGUAGCGAACAUGGUGAGAUCAUUCAACUGUUGAAGCUGAAAAGAUGCUGCUUCCACUGUCUGUCUGAAGAACGCGGGCUUCUGGCUGUCGACAUUGAGUAUGCGAAAAAGUCUUUGGGCCUCUCUGAGGAAGAAGUACAGACACUGCCGAUGCUCACGACCUUCCCUCAGAAGAAUCUUUGGGGCUUCUCCAGUGUCCCUUUUACUGUUCUCGAUUAUGAAGCAGCAUUGAGGCUAUCAGGCGAUCGCGCCUUGAAGUGUCCUCCGAAUACCGCAAGACUCGGAAUGUUUCCUUUCAAAAUCAAGAAAACUGGAAUUUAUCUUGAUGAAGUGUUCCGAAGCACCCAUACGAGAGUUGAGAAAAGACUCCACGAACGCCGAGGAAAGUCCUCCAUGAAGCUCGCAUCAGCAAUUAUCAAAUGUCCUGAAACGAACUAUUGGCAGCAUGCCUGCGCUGUUCGACAACGAGCAAUGACCAGAAAGCGGGCCAGGCUCGCAGACGACACUCUCAAAGACAAUGUCACCAUCGUCGGUGCCAUACACUGUGAAAGGUGUGCCCGUUACUGGAACUAUCACUCCCCUCUGCCGUUUUACUAUCACAAAAUGUACCCUCAUCGCCCUACAGGCGGUCCUACAGAGUUCACUAAUCACGUGAAGCACUGCAUCUACGCUCAUGCCCACUGGAUAAUGCUCGAGUGUCCUUGGGACCCAUUGUCACCGAGCAACAGGCUCAUUUUACUCGAACGUCAUAGGCAUAUUACCUUUUCUCGGAUUCCAGGUGAAACCUUGGAGCAGUCAUGUGCGAACUUCGAGCGCAUACCCACUGGACUUAGACAGCUGGGAGUGCUAUAUUCGAGCGACUUUAGGAAUUUCCAGCAACCCUACGAUUGGCCACAAGCUGGAGAAGGAGAAGUCGUGGAGGGUGAAAAAGCGGUGACGCUGAGACGGGUGAUGGAACGAGGAAAGCAAGCUGCAUGGAUGCAUCACCAAGAUGACGAUAGAGAUCGAUAUUGGGACAUGCUUGUUGCUCCAGAAGCCGCCAGCCAGAAAAAUUGGGCCUGUGCGAACCUGUACAACGGGAGUUCUACCCUCUUCAGGGGGCCAACAGCGUUGCAUGAGAGCAAACGCCUCCGCCUCAAUAGGAAGGGUGGAAAUUCACCUGCAGAUGACUGGACGAAAGCGCAGUGGGGCUUGGACAAGUUGUGA